AUGGGAAGCAACACGUUCUUAGAAAUUUUCCUCUUAUUGAUGUUGAUUUCAUUAAUCACCCCAUCAGACAUUAAUUCAAGGAAUGAAGACAUCGUUGCAGCCACUAGGGAGAUGCAAAGGGCAAAUUACUUCACAUUUGUAAUGCUCAUCAAUAUGUCACCACUUGACCCAGGACUUGAGGGGAAUGUGACUUUCUUGAUGCCCAAUGAUAGAAUACUAGCUAACAUAGGGUUGCAAGAGGGAUCCAUUUCUAAUUUCUUGCUCAGACAUUCAAUCCCAUCACCUUUGCUCUUUGAUGUCCUGCAACAAUUUCCCACUGGCACAACUGUUCCUAGUUCACUGCCAAAUUGCAUGCUGAGAAUCACCAACAAUGGUAGGAAGAAUUAUGUUCUCAACAAUGUGAAAAUUAUAAGCCCAAAUAUAUGUGUAGCUGGAUCUUCAAUUCGAUGUCAUGGCAUAGAUGGGGUAUUGUCAGAAACGUGUGCAUCAGAAGCUAACUAUAGUGUUCCUUCACCUCCAUGUAACAGCACAGAACCUUCUUGUAAGGCCUCACCUCCAAUUCCAUCUCCUUUUCCUUUAGCUCCUCCUCCUCCUCCUCCUCCUCCUUCUACAUCGACAGCGCCUAGUCCAACAAUUGCAAAUGUUGGGCCAGAGAAAUCAGGAUCUCCCCAUUGGGUUUCUUAUGAUGGGUCAUUGAAUUUUCUGGCAUGCUUGAUGUUGUCUUUAACAUGGAUCUACUUUUAA